AUGACGACGGGACCAUUUCUGGCAUUGGGAGUUGGAUACGUUGCCUACCUGCUGGAUAAGCAGUUUCUCGUUGGCAAUGAAGCCGUAGAUGCAUUAGGAGCUGCAGAGGAUAGGAGGGAAGAGCUGAUGCGAGCAAGGAGUCGAAGAUUUGCAGGUGCAGUUGAUGAAAGCCCUAUGCUUCCAGGCAUUGAAGAUGGAAUUCAUGGAAGAUUUGCAGAAAGUAGCACCCUGCAAGUUGAACACGCUAAUCUCAGUGAGCUCUGUAUCGUAUAUUGUCGUCUCGAGCAAGUUAAGCUGAACUGGCUCCCUCGACUCACACACAUAGUCUUUGACGAUUGGAUAGAUUUCCAAGAUCCACUGGUUCUUGGUUAUGUUCCAUUGCUCGAGUCUGUAAGCCUCACAAAUGUUGCCCUUGGUUACAACAAGAUGGUCAAGUUAAGUAGGUUUCUUGGCAGUUCCUCUCCACGAGUUCUGAAGUUGGGGUUUAGGUCCGAAAAGAUUUGGGUGCAGCCAGAAUGUCCAACGCAAGAUCUGGCAUCUGUGUUCCGCCAACUAAGGUUUGUGAACCUUGUUAAACUUCCUGAAGGGUAUGAUCUCACCUGGACAAUGUUUAUUCUUGAAGCUGCACCCUUACUGAAGGAGCUAUACAUGACAGUCUGGGAUGAUUUGUGUUCAAUGGAAAUGGAUGAGGAGAAGAGAAAAAAGGAAUCGUAUAGUGAGAACAAGGGUGUAGAGUGGAGCGCGGCUGCAGCUGAUUUCCAACACCACAGUUUGGUCACACUCGUCAUCUUUGGCUUUGAAUCUGAAGAUUAUGCUGUUAAUUAUGUCAGACGUGUUAUGGUGGCGGCGGUCAAUCUAGAGGAUGUGUUCCUCUAUAGUAGGUUGGAGUUGGAGUGUGGCGACUGCCAGGACAAGAAGCCCACCAGGUUCGCCUGGACUAAAAGGCAGAAGAUUUCACUGAAGAAGAGAAUCACCGCGGGGGUUGAGUCGUUUGCCAUAAUCCACUCCAACAAGACGAUAAGGGCUGGCCAUCAAGCAAAAAAGCUUUACCCAGAGUGCUCACACUUUGACGCUAAAAGUGGUUGA